AUGUCCCAAACCGCCCUCGAUGCCUCCGCCCAAGUCGCCGGACACGCCUCCUCCCAUCCCGCCAGCGCCGCCGAACUCGCCGGUCUUAAGGUAAAGCUGCGCGGUGCCCUUCGCCAGUUCCCAGACUUCCCCUCCAAGGGCAUUCUCUUCGAGGAUAUCCUGCCUAUUUUCGCCGACCCGUCCUUGCACGAGGCUCUUGUUCGUUCCCUCGAGCUGCACAUCCUCGAGGCCUACGGUGGUCAGAAGCCCGAUGUUAUCGUUGGUCUUGAGGCCCGUGGCUUCUUGAUCGGCCCGAGCCUGGCUCUGCGCCUUGGCGCCAGCUUUGUCCCCGUGCGCAAGCAGGGCAAGCUUCCUGGUCCGUGUAUCACUCAGGGCUACGAGAAGGAGUAUGGCCAGGACUUCUUCCAAAUGCAGUCCGACUCCAUCAAGCCUGGUCAGAAGGUUAUUGUUGUUGACGAUAUCAUUGCCACUGGUGGCUCCGCUCUUGCUGGCGGUCAGAUGAUUCAAAAGAUGGGCGGUGACCUGCUCGAGUUCAUCUUCAUCCUCGAGCUCGAGUUCCUUCACGGCCGCGACAAGCUCCCUGCUCCUGUCUACACCCUCCUCUCGGGCCAGGCCUAA